AUGGGUUUGACAUGGACUUCCAUAGCCAUUGUUGCAAUUGCUUUGUUCCUCCAACUUUUGUUAAGGAAGAUGACAAGUACCAAGCACAAAAAACUUCCUCCUGGUCCUAAAGGGUUGCCAAUUAUUGGUUGCCUACACAUGCUAGGCAAGUUUCCACACAAAGCAAUACAUCAAUUAUCACAAAAAUAUGGACCCAUUAUGUACAUGAAGUUGGGUUUGAUGCCAACUGUUGUUGUCUCUUCACCACAAGCAGCUGAAUUGUUCCUCAAGACACAUGACCUUGUCUUUGCGAGUAGGCCUUCGCUUGAAUCUGCAAAGUACGUCGCUUAUGAGCAAACCGGUAUAUCUUUUGCUCCUUAUGGUUCUUACUGGCGAAACAUGCGUAAAAUGUGCACUCUAGAGUUACUUAGCAACCUCAAAAUCAAUGCCUUCAAGUCCAUGAGAUGGGAAGAGAUCAAGCAAUUCGUCGAGCACGUUAAGGAUGCGGCUAAAGAAGGCGUUGCAGUUGAUGUUAGUGCUAAAGUCUCGUCACUUAGCGCUGACAUGACUUGUAGGAUGGUGUUUGGUAAGAAAUACAUGGACAAAGAUCUUGAUGAGAGAGGGUUUAAGGAUGUGAUUCAUGAAGGGAUGAAAAUAGGUGCUACUCCUAAUGUCAGUGAUUACAUUCCUCAGAUUGCUUGGCUUGAUCUUCAGGGGCUGAGGAAGCGAAUGAAGGCUCUUAGUAAGGUGUUUGAUGAUUUCUUUGAGAAGAUCAUUGAUGAGCAUAUUCAGUGUAGAGAUGAAGCUAAAGUUAAAGACUUUGUUGAUGUCAUGUUGGGUAUUGUUGGAUCCAAAGAAACAGAGUAUUCUAUCAAUCGCGGCAACAUUAAGGCUAUAAUCUUGGUAAGUUUUAAGUAUUUGCUUUUGUUUGUUAUAUUAGCGUUAGUUUUUCUUUUCUGA